AUGAACAAUCAAUACAACAACAACAACCUUAUCAAUCACCAAUUUGUUGAAGUCACACCGAAUGGUGUAGCCUAUGAAGAACAGGAGGUUCCUGUCAUCGUUCCUGCUGCACCUGCUACUGCUGAUGCCACGGAUGCUGCUGCCACUAUUAAACAGCGCAAUGAUAGGUUGAAUACAACUCGUACGGCACCGAUUGAAAACUGGGCCUACCAUGAUGCGUUGGAGAACGCCACCAGUGAGAUGCCCACCGUAACCCCAACCACUAUGUAUACUUCUCUUGCUGGAGAGACGAUAGAUGAUCGUGGUGAAGUUGUAGUGCUAGACGACGAAGAGCCGUCAAAAACGAUGGUGCCGAGAAGGGGGUUGCUCGUGGGGCUGCCAGUUGAGGUUGAGGCACGUCGUUUUGAGCAUGGACAGCCGGAGCGUAGAAUGUUCUCUGGAUAUCUUGCUCUUUCGACAACGUUUUUUGGUCAGAUGUUGAAGUCCAUGGAGAAACGGGACCAGGUGCAGUCUCGCAUCGCAGAGUAG